AUGUCUCAGAUAGUUGGCAACAACAACAACAACAAAACACCUAGCGACUAUAUCUUGAGAACACAGGAUACUACUAUGGAAGGUUAUAAUUGGCACCGUUGGUAUUCAUGGUGUGUCCUCAUUCUUUUCCAGGACACCGGGGUUGGGAAAUCAAGCAUUGUGUGUCGAUUUGUCCAGGAUCACUUUGACCACAACAUCAGCCCGACCAUUGGGGCAUCUUUUAUGACCAAAACUGUGCCUUGUGGAAAUGAACUUCACAAAUUCCUCAUCUGGGAUACUGCUGGUCAGGAACGGUUCCAUUCCUUGGCUCCCAUGUACUAUCGUGGAUCUGCUGCAGCUGUCAUAGUGUAUGAUAUUACCAAACAGGACUCAUUCCAUACCUUGAAGAAAUGGGUGAAAGAACUGAAAGAACAUGGCCCAGAAAACAUUGUCAUGGCUAUCGCUGGAAACAAAUGUGAUCUCUCAGAUAUUAGGGAGGUUCCCUUGAAGGAUGCGAAGGAAUACGCUGAAUCCAUAGGUGCCAUCGUUGUUGAAACAAGUGCAAAAAAUGCUAUCAAUAUUGAAGAACUCUUUCAAGGAAUCAGUCGCCAGAUCCCACCCUUGGACCCCCAAGAAAAUGGGAACACUGGAGCAAUCAAACUUGUGAAGCAAACCGCACCAGCCAGUCGGCGGUGCUGCUGACCGGGCCCAUGGCCCCCUGUACUUGAAGAAGCCAGAGCCACCUCCCUGUGCACUGCUGAUGGACCCCAUUCUCGGUGGCCUGGCACCUCACUUAGAGAGAAGUGAGCACGUUGGCUUGGCAUCCUGGCAGGGCUGCAGGGAAUGGGACAGGAAAUGUCCCUGGAAAAGUAUUUGCAAAAACUCUGGAAAAAAUACACCACCUUUCAUGCAUGAAAUGCACAUGGGAGAAAAUGGAUUUUAGAUAAUAAGUAUAGUUGAGUUUUUGUUAAAAAACCUUAAAAUAUUCUCAAUUUGUACAAACAUCAUACUGGCUUAUUAUGUGUGUGAGAUUCUAAAAGUGAUGUUCCACUCUGAUUUCCUGUGUUCCCUAGCCAAAUCCCAGUACCGUCUUCAGUGCCAUUGCCUUUGUGAACUAGCCAGCCUUCACUGAAAGGCUAACUUAAUUUUAUUUAAUUUACCUUUUAGUGGAGUAUAAUUGGAUGAUCACUGAAGCUGUAGAUUUGAGCUGUUAUAGAAGUGGGAAAGAUGUAUUAGAAACUGUUGCCUGCAUCUCUGACUUUUACUUGAUGAACUUCUUUCUAAGUUUUAGUCAUCUGUAAACAAACAAAUCAACUCUGACUAAAAUAUUGCAUGUAAUUUUGGGAUUAGGAAGCGUGGUUUGGAAGAGUCACUUAAGGACUUACUGUAUAAGCAGUGACAGGUGUAGGAUGUAAAUAUUACUCCAGAGGUCACUUGGCAUGCAUCACCUCCAUGGCCAUAAAUUCCUACUCUCUUACAGAGGUUUAACACUACAGAGUGUUAUCUUACUAAUAGAAUGUGUCAUGGCAUCAUCUCUAGGGGGGGAAAUUAACUGAAGGAUAAUAAAGGGCAAACUUUUAAUAAUAGCAAUUAAUAAAAGGUUACACGAAAGCCAGCCUAGGGAAGUACCAGCACCUUAAGAUUCUAGAUCCCAAUUGCAAAAUUGGAGAAAACAUUUUAGAAGAUGCCAAGCUUGGGGAAGUAGGUAUUAGGGCUUAAGAGGGGUCCAACUCCAGAAUGCCAAUUAACAGAGUGUAGGCUUUGAUUAAAAAAACAAACAAACACCUUCCUUUUCAAGUUCCCUGUCUGCUCAAUUAAUUAAAGAUUUCGGAAUCCAAAGGUAGUAAAGGGAGAAAAGUCAUGAAGAGGAAGAAAAGCUAUUUCCAUUCCAAAUUCGAAUUCUGUUACCAUUCUAAUUUUCAUAAAAACCUAGGCUCCAGAAGCAGUUGGUUUCCUAUUAGGACUUAUACUGGGUGGUGAUUGUUAAAGGAUAUUCAGAUCAGGGCCUUCUGUGGGAGCUAGAAACUGUACAGUAGUCUCAGAAAUAGUUAAUUGUGCAGUGUGGUCCAUGAACAUACAAGGGCCAGCAAACAUGUAUUGAAAACCUACAAUGUAAAAGCCAGGAGAGAGGUCAUGAGCUGAUUAAAGACUUGGAACUUUGAGUAACUCAGUGUGAGCUGCCACGUCACAGUCCUGUCACUUCGGUGUCCCCCGCGCUCUGAUGCAUAGAGACACCAGUACCACCAUAGACAAAAAGGAAGAGUCCUUGAGAGACCAGGGCCAAGUUUACACUUCGUGUGGAUGGUAAUCAAGACAGUAGGUGGAAAUCAGAGAUUAAGGUGUGUGUGUUUUUUUUUAACGCAAGGAUAUGUCUGUUUGAUGUUCUUCACCCAGCUUGGAAGAGUAGUUUGACAAUCUUAGAAAGUGAAGGCUGUAAACACUUAUUUUUGAUUCAAAAGUGCCUCCUAGCUCUCCCAGACAGGUACCUCAAAAAACGUUAGCAAGCGGCACUUGGGUGACUUCACAGGGCCUUUGCAGAGGUUUUUAGGGUUUUUCUCUACAUUGUCAGCAUUACUGGUUACAUGAUUCUGCUUGCAGGCCAAGCAAUUACUAUGUUCUUUCCAAAGUUAAAAAAAAUUGGAAUGAAAAUUGAAAUGCUCUCUUUCCAGGUUGCAUGCAGGCUUAUUUUAGAACUGUCCUCGACAACCUGGGUUUAUCUCUAGACAGCCUCUCGGGUUGCCUAGCUAAGGUGGUAUGCAUCCCAGCUGAGUUACACAGCUUUGGUCUGGGUCUUUAGUGGUUGCAUUUUGCAUAAAAUGGUUGGUCUUAUCCUCAUGUAGUGAGCUGCCUACAAACGAGGCCACAGUUUUAUUUCAGAAGCACAUGAGGGUGUGAAACCCCUCUUUUACCUUUCUGUACUGCCUUAAAUAUUCCAGCCAGUCGGAUGACUAGAUAUAAUCACUACUUGGAGUAAUUGGUGAAGGAGGUAGUGGCAUUGGGGCACAGAAGCCUUUGCAUAAAUGUGGAGUCGUGUCUGAAGGUAGAUACUCGAGCCUUGUCCAGGCUUUCUUACCUUCUUUCUGCCUUGAGAUUACUUCCUGGCUGUUCUUAUAAUGGAACUAUAGCCAAGAAAUAUUAUGUAAAGUCCUGGAAAUUGCUAUUGCUCCAAAAUGACAAGUAGUUUCAUGUGAUGUAACAAUAUUCUUCACAUAAUUUUCCAAAAUUUGCUUCUUUUCCUCUAUCCCCCCCCCCCUUUCAUGUGUGGUAUAAUGUGUAUUUGUGUAAAUAUGAUUUCAUGUUUGUUAUGCCAACAUAUAACCCAUUCCUCUGGCUGAGUUUGGCUCACGACUGUGUUAUAUCAUGUAGACGUGGGUCCUCCCUGGGAUUGUCUCCCAAUGGAAAGGCCUCAGAUGGCAGUGGAGUCGUGCAAGCAUUUGAUGUAGGUGCACAAUUGACUUGCCAUUUCAUGGUUGAAAAUGGUACACUGGGGUGCUGAACAUGACGUUACCUUGUAGAUAAUAGAAGGCUGGAGACUUAGAACUAACCCUUAGCCAAUAAAAUGGCUGUGCCCCAGUGAGAACUGAAUUCCUUUUCUGGGGAGGUUUAGAUAACUGAAAUGCUUUCUCUAAGAUUGUGGCAUGUGACGGCUGCAUUGAGCUCCUUACCGGGGACUCCACUUCCAUUGCUCUGCAAUGUUCAUGGAGAGUUGAGUAAUGAGCUAGCUUAUAAACGAAAGGGCUCUGAGCUAUAUUCAGACCUGUUAGGUGUCUAGUUUAUUCUUUUUACCAUAAUUGUUGAAACCAGACCCAGUGAUCCUAUGCCAGUGCUCUGUUGUGUAAACGCUCCUUUUUCUCAUGUUUUUGUAAAGAGCUUCUGUCUGGGCUGGACCCAGUUCUCACAUAUAGAAGAUGCCGCUGUAGACAGUUAAAACCUUUCCACCUUGUAUUCAUCCCAUAGUAAAGCAUUGCCCUCAACAUUGCCCAAUUGUAUCUGUUGUUUUGGGUUUAACAACACUGAUUCAUACUAAUAAAUAUUUUAUGUUUUA